CAGACAGUCUUACACCUUUGAUCAUCACACUCGUUUUUGCGAAAAGUCAGAGGAGGCUUUCACACCGUUACCAUGGUCGAGUGGACAGACGCCGAACGCAACGCCAUCGCCACCCUGUGGUCAAACAUCGAUGUGGGUGAAAUUGGUCCCCAGGCCCUAGCCAGGCUUCUGGUUGUGUUUCCAUGGACCCAGAGGUACUUUUCCACAUUUGGCGACCUCUCCACCCCCGCAGCCAUCGCCGCAAAUCCCAAAGUGGCGCAGCAUGGGAAAACUGUCAUGGGUGGUCUUGAAAUCGCUGUGAAGAACAUGGACAACAUCAAGGCUGCCUAUGCCAAACUGAGUGUUAUGCACUCUGAGAAGCUCCAUGUGGAUCCCGACAACUUCAGGGUUCUUGCUGAAUGCAUCUCAGUGGGUGUGGCUGCCAAGUUUGGCCCCAGCGUCUUCACCCCUGGUUUCCAGGAGGCUUGGCAGAAGUUCCUGGCUGUGGUGGUCUCCGCUCUGGGCAAACAGUACCACUAAGCGUCUAAAGUGGCAGACCACUGAAGAGGUGCAGCAGUUACACAAGUCAUCAUGACAUCGAUUUCUGAGCAAUCAAAUGCUGCCAAAAAUACAUGAAUAAAAACUCAAAUGAUA